AUGUGGUACACUGGGGGGAAAAAAAGUGUGAUCUGCCCUGCGGUGGAUUGUCCAACAUCCAAGAUGUCCCAGUCGUCCACCGCUGAUGAGGGUACAACCUUUGAAAACUUGUGGAGUACCCUCGAGCCAGACAGCACAUAUUUUGAGCUUCCUCAGGCGGAACACUCAGGGGACAGGGUGGCUUCCAGCAGCCACGCUGAAGUCUGCAUGGACCUCUACCACAUGAGAGACAUGAGAGACAUGAACGACAAUGUCAUGUCUCAGUACAGCCUACUGAGCAGCAGUAUGGAACAAGGUUUGGGGAACAGAGCAGCGUCUACCAGUCCCUACAGCUCAGAGACCACCUCCAACGUGCCAACGCCGUCACCCUACUCCCAGCCAAACUCGACCUUCGAGGCCAUGUCUCCAGCCCCGGCCAUCCCCUCCAACACUGACUACCCCGGGCCGCACAACUUCGAGGUCACCUUCCAGCAGUCGAGCACCGCCAAGUCAGCCACCUGGACGUACUCUCCGUUGCUCAAGAAGCUGUACUGUCAGAUCGCCAAGACCUGUCCGAUUCAGAUCAAACUGGCUUCCUCGCCCCCAAACGGCAGCGUGAUACGAGCCAUGCCCAUCUACAAGAAAGCCGAACACGUCACAGAGGUGGUCAAACGCUGUCCUAACCAUGAACUCGGACGGGACUUCAAUGAAAGUCAGACAGCUCCUGCCAGUCACUUGAUUCGGGUGGAGGGCAAUAAUCUGUGUCAGUAUGUGGAUGAUCCUGUGACGGGCCGACAGAGUGCUCUCGCUCCGUAUGAGGCUCCACAGGUGGGGACUGAGUCCACAACCAUUCUGUAUAAUUUCAUGUGCAACAGCAGUUGUGUCGGUGGAAUGAACCGCAGACCCAUCCUCAUCAUCAUCACGCUGGAGACACGAGACGGACAGGUUCUCGGCAGGCGUUCGUUUGAGGGCCGGAUUUGUGCCUGUCCCGGUCGAGACCGCAAAGCAGACGAGGAUCAUUUCAGGGAGCAACAGGCUCUAAAUGAGAGCGUGGCCAAAAAUGGAAAUGCCAAUAAACGAAAUUUCAAACAGACUCCAGCCAACAUUACAGGCCCUUCCAUCAACAUCAAGAAGAGGCGACAUGGAGAAGAGGAGAUGUAUUACAAGAGUCAUGUAGCCUCUCCGUGUUCAUAUAGCACACUCAAUAACAUGAAUAAGACCCACGGGCCCAUCAGCAAGCUUCCCUCAGUGAAUCAGCUCGUGACACAGCAGACUCAGCAGAGCGCAGGACCCUCUGGGUCCAUGUCACAUAUGGGUACGAACAUGCUGGGCGGACACCACAUGCAGUCGAACGGAGAUGUGAAUGGAGCUCAUGCGUCUCAGUCUAUAGUGUCCACCUCUCACUGUACCCCUCCCCCACCUUACAACCCUGACCCCAGCCUCGUCAGUUUCUUAACCAGCCUGGGCUGCCAAAACUGCAUCGACUACUUCACGUCACAGGGACUCCAGAGUGUCUACCACCUUCAGACUCUUUCCAUGGAGGACCUUGGGGCACUGAGGAUCCCUGAGCAGUUCCGGCUGGCGAUCUGGAGGGGCCUGCAGGACAUGAAGCAGGGCCAGGAUUACGGCCAGCAGCUCAUCCGCUCCGGCAGUAACAUGGCCACCAUGGCCCUCGGCGCCGGAGGAGAGCUGCAGAGGCAGCGCGUCAUGGAGGCCGUGCACUUCAGAGUGCGGCACACCAUCACCAUCCCCAACCGCAGCGCCCCCACAGGAGCGGAGGAGUGGGCUGACUUCGGCUUCGACAUGCCCGACUGCAGGUUACACAAGCACUCCAUUAAGGAGGAGUUCGCAGAAAGCGACGUUCACUGAGAAGGACCGCGCAUCCAUUGCUUUCCAUGAUGCAUCGUCCGUAUUGGUUUCUUUAAACUGCGAUGGACAGUUUGCAUUUCCAUGUAGUAGCACUUCCAUAUUUGACAACAAGGGAUUUGAGGAGUAAAAAAAAAACUAUUCGCUUUUAUGAAGACCAGGGUUCAAUGAAUCAUUAUAUUUAAUUGAUUAUCAUUUGUGGCCUUAUGCUAAUAUCACAUCACACAAAAAAUUAUCCAUUAGCUAAAACAAAUAAUAUUAUUAGGACGCAGUUAUGAACAGUUAAAAGCAGUGUAUGAUUUCAGACCAUUGCCUUAUUAAUUUCGGCUCGGUGUAAAUAAUAAUUGUGCAGUUAUGUAUUGAAUAACGUGUGAAGUAAUGCCCGUAGAUCGAGUGGAUGCUUGACCCACAAAAUCAUACUUUAUAUUUACUUAUUUUGAAAAGCGCAGGUUUCUCGAAGCCAGACAUGUACAACUAGAUCAAAAGGCAUUCUGUAUUAGAAUUAUUUUCUCAUUAUAAGUUAUACCUAUAAUUAGUUAAUUUUUCAUCAAAGUUUUACAAUAAUAUUGAUGAAAACAACACCAUAAAAGUGAAUUUACAUUUUUUAAUUAUUAGCAUUUUUAUUUAA